CUCCAAUCCGGCAACCACGCCUGCAGCCUCGUCUUCUCAGAAGAAACACCAGGACAUUCGUAGGCCUUUUCGACAUCCUCUAUUUCUCCUCCGCUAUCCCUAACCACGUACUAUGGCUCUUAUUCCCACCUUUGGAACCGGCCUCUUCAUUGGGGCCGGCCAAGCUCUGGCUGCCGGUGGUCCAGCAUCAUUACUUGGCUCAUAUGUACUGGUCUUCUUGUUAUCUUACUGCUUGACAACAGCCAUUGCAGAGAUUGCGGCCCACCGACCUGCGCUCAACGGUACCAUGGUGGCUCACAGCUAUGAAUAUGGCUCCAACCAUCUAGGGUUUUCUCUAGGCUACCUUAGAUGGUACUCCUUGGCAAUGAUGGUCCCCUUCGAGAUCACCACUGCCAUGGUCAAUCUCAGUUUGUGGACACCUGAGCCUAGCAUGGCGAUCCGGAUUGCAAUGGUCGCAGUCCUGAUCCUUCUAUUCAAUAUGCUCCCCCAGCGGGCUUUCCAACGGAUAGAGACUGUUUUCACGGGAUUAAAGAUCAUCACUACUGCGGGGCUGACAAUUUGCUCGCUAUUCCUAGCAAUCCGAGGUAUCCCAGGGACACCGAUACGAGGAUUUCGUUACUGGCACGAACCUGGCCCGAUGAACGAGUAUCUCAUCCCCGGCGGUGGAGGGCGUUUCCUUGGCUUCCUACAAUGCUUUCUAUACAGCGUGAUUUCUUUCACCCUGACACCAGAAAUUACUGUUCAGAGGGCUGAGCGUGCCAACACGGAAGGAGGUCCUAGCAUCCUGAGCAUGGCCCGAACGGACAGUGGCUAUCUCUUUGCCCUCUACAUUCUCAGCGCGUUCAUGAUGACAUUCGUUAGUCCAUUUGAUGAGCCUCAAUUGACCAACUAUGGCACGGGCGCUGGCUCAUCGCCCUUCGUCGUGGGCUUUGUACGCGCGGGCAUCCCCGCGUUACGGAUUCUGGUGACCGUGUUGAUAUUCCUUUCAUCGGUCGCCUCUGGACGCUCUUUUCUCUACAUAUCUUCUCGCACACUCUACACCUUGGCCGAAUCUGGACAUGCUCCAGCAAUGCUUACUAGAUGCAACCGGUAUCAAGUGCCCUAUGUGGCCAUAUUGACAUCUGCGCUGUUCUCAUUGUUUGCUUUCCUGUCGCUAGCCGAGUCCAGCUCGGCCCUUUUUAAUUCACUCAUGUACUUCAUCACUACGUCGGGAUCCAUCUCAUGGCUUUGCUCUAGUAUCAUUUACCUACGGUUCCGGAGGAAGACCGAGGAACAGGGCUUUAUUCGAGUCCACCAGUCCCGCAUCCAGCCCUAUGGAGUAUACGCUGGGAUCCUAGGCUGCACCUUGCUGCCCAUUGCCAAUGCACUUGUUCUUGCGUUCCCUCCGCCAUCGUCCGAGGAACUCCCGGUCCAGUCCUGGUCACAAUUGAGAAUGAGAAACGCUAUUCCUGUGUACCUUGGGAUCUUGUCGUUCCUCUCGCUCUAUUUCGGUCACCAAGCGAGAACUGCCAUUUUACAACGGAAGCUCAAGUUGGAGGAUGGGAGGACCAGUCGUCGAAGCUGGUGGAGAAUGUUUGGGCUGGAGCGCGACGGACCGUCAACCAGUGCCCCGGUCUCGAGUCCCCUGGGACCUUAAGAGAGACUACUCUUGAACCUACCUCGUACUUUCAUUUCUCGCCUGCAGCAAAUGUCCUGGUUGGCAGUCGUGAUUCCUUUUCCUUCGCCGCCACUUUAUUUGUAUUGAUAGUGCACGGAGAGCUAGCCGCCACUGCCAUUAUUGUUUGUACAGUCCUGAGAUCCUUAUUUCUUAAUUCAUGAUGCUUUUUUA